AAAAAAAAAAAAGGUUGUUUGUUUCUUUUUUUUUCUCCUCUUAUAUUAGGAAAAAGAAAAAAAACAUAUAUAUAUAUAUAUUUCUUCCUCUGUUUUCUCUGUGAACCGCUGCUAUUCGUUUGGUGUUGUAGAGAGAAGACACGAUGACUGUCUUGGCUUCUUUGUCGACCGGCAAGAAUGGCAGUGUCCUUGUUGUUGGGGCUACUGGAUUUAUUGGUAAAUAUGUAGCUGAAGCCAGUCUUCUUGAUGGAAGACCAACUUUCAUUCUCGUCCGUCCAGGUCUUCUUUGUUCUUCUAAGCUUUCCACCAUUAAAGCACUCCAAGAUAAAGGAGCUAUUAUUCUCCAUGGGCUGAUAAAUGACAGAGAAGGGAUGGAGAAAAUACUGAGAGAGAAUGAGAUUGAUAUUGUCAUAUCUGCUGUUGGUGGUGAGAGCAUUGUAGACCAGUUUCCUCUUGUGGAGGCCAUGAAAAACGUUGGUACCAUCAAGAGAUUUUUGCCAUCUGAAUUUGGGCAUGACGUGGAUAGGGCAGAUCCAGUGGAACCGGGACUACGGAUGUACCUUGAGAAACGCAAAGUGAGGCGUGCGAUUGAAGAAUCAGGUGUACCUUACACUUACAUCUGCUGCAAUUCCAUUGCUUCCUGGCCCUACUUCGACAACACUCAUCCUUCUGAGGUUCUUCCACCGUUGGAUCAGUUCAAAAUCUAUGGUGAUGGCAGCGUCAAAGCUUAUUUUGUUGCGGGCACUGAUAUUGGAAGGCUAACAAUCAAAUGUGUGGAUGACGUUCGAGCCAUCAACAAAAAUGUUCAUUUUCGACCAUCCUGCAAUCUUUACAACAUGAAUGAACUUGCCUCUUUAUGGGAGAAAAAGAUAGGUAGAACCCUCCCAAGGGUUACCAUUACUGAAAAUGACCUACUUGCUGCAGCUGCAGAGAAUAUUAUCCCACAAAGUGUAGUGGCCUCAUUCACACAUGAUAUCUUCAUAAAAGGGUGUCAGGUUAAUUUUUCCAUCGAUGGCCCUAGUGAUGUUGAUGUGGGAAUUCUCUACCCAGAAGAGACUUUCAGGACCUUGGAUGAAUGCUUCACUGACUUUUUUCUCAAGUUAGGAGACAAUGCAGUUGAUGAAACCCAAACCAAAAACCCUGUUCAUGAACCACUCCCCAUUACUGCAAGCUGUGGAUGAUUCAGUACUUGGAGUCGAAAACUAUUUUAUAUUAAACAUAAUUGUUAGUGUAUGUAUUAUGAUGGUGAAAUAGGUUUUCUGGAAAAAAAAAAAAAAAAUUGUAUUUCGACUUGAUAUUAAGUACCUGAGAUCACCAGGUUUAAGACGCAUUAAGGAUUUGAGACCACCAGUUUUAAGAAGUUAAAAACUUCUAUCAUUAUUUGUCAUUCUAUGUAUGCGUUCCAUCAUAAGAUUGAUUGCUUAUUCAGAAAUAAGUACUGUAUUGCGCAAUUAUUCAUGAUUUCUAUUCAGAAGAAAAAUCUUCCAUUCAGCAUUA